AUUAUUAUUGUCAACACGUGAUUCAUUGCUGGGAUGUGUGUCUCGACGCUAAAUUGGAUUAAACCAGCACCCCACGGCCCGUAUCGAAGAUCGGGCUUCAUUUCUCGCUUAAACAACACGUUGAAAUGUUGUUCAUUCGCGUUCAAUGUUUUUGUUACGAAAUUGCUUUGUUAUCACUCGCAAACAAUUCCGAGUUAUAGAAUAUACAAUGACCUAUCUGUGCCAAUCUUUAUCUGAGUGUGCUUAAUAUGUUUUGAUAAGUGAUUAAGAUGAGAAUGGUAACGCCAGUGUUGAAAAAAUCUUUGCAAUUUUGAAACACGUAAUUUAACAGCAGUCAAGCAUAUAUAAUGCGUGUUUUGUGCUGCAUUUCAUAACUGUAUUGAUGCUAGUUGCAUUAUUAGAUUGCACUUGUUAUUUAUAGUGCAAAGAACAAUGAGAAAGCCUCAAAAGCCGAGAAGAAACCACGUGAAAGCGCGCCAAACUUAAUCACCUGUGGAUGGAAUGUGCUAGAACGAUGCAUCCAUCCAUCAACUCCUGCCUGAUCGGGCUGUUGGGCUUCCUAACGUACGUGAAGGGCAAUGUUAUUGUGUACACACAGGAUCUACCACAUACGAUAGCGGAAGAAUUCCGGGACAUGCCGGCAAGUUUUGGCCCGGAAGUGCCCCCGGAUGGGCUGCGCGGUUUCCUCGUGCCCGGCGAGCCGGCGGACGGCUGCGGCCCGCUGGGGAAGCCGCCCGCUGUAGAGAACUUCACUGGGAAGUGGAUUGUUAUUGUGGCUAGAUUCAACUGCAGCUUCGAGGUGAAGGUUCGCAACGCGCAGGCGGCCGGCUUCGAUGCUGCGAUCGUGCACAACGUCAAUUCUAGCGAUCUUGAAACUAUGUCAGCGAAGGACCCCGAGGGGAUAAUGAUCCCGUCGGUGUUCGUGAGCGACCUCGCCGGGCUAAUACUAUCCGAAGAGUAUAUUUAUAUUAAUCGCUACUAUAUAAUGGUGAACGGCGACUUGCCGUUCAACAUCAACACGCACCUGCUGCUGCCGUUCGCGAUCGUGGUGGUGCUGUGUCUCAUCGUCAUACUUAUAUUUAUGAUAGUGAAAUGCAUAAAAGACCGUCGUCGAGCCAGACGGCAUCGCCUACCAAACCGCUCUCUGAAGAAGAUCCCCACGUGCAAGUUCAGUAAGGGCGACCCGUACGACACGUGCGCGAUCUGCCUCGACGACUACCAGGAGGGGGAGCGGCUGAGAGUAUUGCCAUGUGCACAUGCGUACCACGCGAAGUGCAUCGACCCGUGGCUGACGCAGAACCGGCGCGUGUGUCCCGUGUGCAAGCGCCGCGUGCUGGCCGCAGGCGAGCGGCGGCACUCCGACUGCGACUCCAGCGACACCGAGCCGCUCGUGCGACGGGACAACACUGAGGGUGGCACGUUCGAAGAGCAGCGUGAGAACCCGUUCGUGCGUGCGGCGCGAUACGUCGCCAACCUGCGACUGCGCAGGGAAGCUGCUAACAAUGCUGAGGAGCCGCAGCCCACUGAAGACAAUGAACAAAGUAACACUAACCAAGUUGUAGUAGACGUAGAGCGUGAAGUAGACGGUGACGAAUCAGCAGCGCUACUACCUCGCUCAGAGCGGCGUCGCUCACGGCGUAGAGAGAGACGCGAGCGAGCCGCUCACUCCGCUCACGCUCAGCCCGCUCGAGCCGCUCCACCGCUCGGCCACCAAGCUGGCUCGCUCGGGAGCCAAGCUGGCCAGCUCACACCGCAAGCUGGCCCAGUACGGACGCUGCGGCCCGCUCAGCCGUCGAUCAAUGGUGGCGAAGGAGAGAUCGGUGUGGCAGCCCUGCCCGCUCAGCCCAGCACAGACGGACAUAUUGUCAAUUUAUGAGCAACAAUUAUUUUAUACAAAAAACACUAUUUAUUUCCCGACUUCAUAUUUUUCACGAGACAAUACAGUCGCGGUACCCUAGUAUAAA